AAAAAGGUGAAGAGCCGCGAUGGCGCGGGCGCCGCGGCAGUAUGCGGGACUGGCAGUGCUCGCAGGCCUUGCUCUGGGCCUCUGCCUUGGAGUCAUGCUCCUCUCGAGAACAAAUCGUCGAGUUUCCUUGGGAGCAUCUGACCCCGGAUACAUCGACUGGGUGAAGGGCAUGCAGUCCCCAUCAGACCCUUCCUUUACAGAUGAUCUCGUUCCAGCAGCCCCGGUCGAGCUUCCCAUCAACUACUAUUACUCUAAUGCCAGAUGUGGAAGGCCCUGUUGCGAUUGCUACUCCGACCUGUCCAAGUGGAUGGACGGGGCAGAGCAGGGCGAAGCAGGGAAAUCUCCAGAAGCAGAGAUUGCAGAGCAUUACAGCAUUCCCGAUGAGAACUUGAGGAGAUAUCGCAAGGCCUUCGAUUCAUUCAGCAAGAAGCGGGGAGGUAAGAUUCUCACAAGAGACACCGACGGACACAUCAAGAUCAAUGAUCUCCAGCAGCUGGUCAAAAUUCUUGGAUCAAACCCUUCAGCCAAACAGCUGGAAUACAGUAUCGAGCAGGAGGAGCUGCCGAAGGGAGGACUUGACUAUCCGGCUUUCCUGACUGUGAUGGCGAGACAUGCUCCCUCAUGGCCGGUGAUGAUUUCCGAAGCGAUUCGGCUGCCGUACUCAAGCGACAAUGUCCGUGCAAGCAAUGAUUUGCGGCGAAAGAUCAUUGCUGCUAUUGCUGCAACGGCUGGGGUGACAAGCGAUCAAGUGGAGCUUGUGAGGGUGCGACCGAUUCCCGGGCACCAGGAGGAGUGCGCGAUCGAUUUCAACGUGGACGCCAAGAGUGAUGAUGCUGAGACCCUCAAGGACUCG